AUGGAGAGUAGCGUCGUCAUUCCAUUCUUAGCUAUGGUUCUUGUGCAAUUGAGCUAUGCAGGGAUGAAUAUUAUCUCGAAGUUUGCAUUACAAUCUGGCAUGAACCCUCUUGUUCUUGUUGCUUAUCGUCAAAUCUUUGCAACUCUAACCCUUGCUCCCUUCGCUUAUUGGUUGGAACGGAAAACGGUUCCCCGGAUCACAAUGCGCAUCGGUUUCCAGAUAUUAUUAUCUUCUUUAACAGGAAUUACAGGAAAUCAGGUACUGUACUUCGUGGGGCUAAAAUAUUCAACCCCUACAAUUGCAACUGCACUACUCAAUUUACUCCCAGCUUUCACUUUUGUCCUUGCAGUCCUCUUCAGACAAGAAUCUGUGAGAAUCAAGACGAGGGCCGGGCAAGCAAAGGUGUUAGGGACAGUCCUCAGCGUUAGUGGAGCACUGCUUUUAUCAUUUUACCAUGGAAAAACUCUCCAUCUAGGCGAGUCAAGUAUUCAUUGGAGUUAUGCAGACAAAAUGGAAGCAGCAACUUCUUCCGGUAGUGGAAGAACAAACUUGCUUCUAGGCCCUGUUGCCUUAAUUAUUAGUACUCUUAGUUGGGCAGUAUGGUUCAUAAUUCAAACAGACAUGAGCAAGAACUUUCGAGCUCCUUGUACGUGCAGCUUCUACAUGUGUUUGCUGGCAAGUAUUCAGUGCGUAGCCAUUGCAUUGUGUUUUGAACACAAGGUCUCAGCUUGGUCACUCCACAAUACUAUGGGACUUACCUCUGCACUUUAUGCGGGAAUUAUUAGCAGUGGACUAGUGUAUUUUCUCAUUUCAUGGACCAUUGAGAGGAAAGGUCCUCUCUAUGUCUCUGUAUUCACCCCUUUGCUGCUUGUCAUCAUUGCUGUUGUCAGCUGGGCUCUGCUUCACGAGAAAUUAUAUGUUGGCACUGCCGUAGGGUCUGUCCUGAUAGUUUUCGGGCUCUAUGCUGUUUUGUGGGGAAAGGGUAAAGAGAUGAAUAAGAAAGAUGAUAUUCAAGAGACAGUCACAGAAGCAAUCAAGGAUAAAGAACAGGAUGAGAUUAAUGACCUGGAAUUGCAAUCCUAUGAUCCUUCUAAUGGAAAUGGCAGCCAUGGGAUUCAAAAAAGAUGA